CGCAUCAAUGUGCGUGUAGUUGAGUAUCCUAGCAGCGUCCGCCGUGCCCGCCGCCGCUGAGUGCGGUGUGCACAAAAUACCAUCUUCUCAGUCGCUGAACGACGAGACUCACGGUCGGACCAGUUACACGCUAAGAGCAGCACUGACACGAAGGGUGUUACGAUUUCACUGAUCAGCGAGCGACGUCGAGCGUGGUCGCCAGAGUUACGUCUGUUUACUCGCGGUGUUCCUGCAACAAUAAGCAAGUUGGUUGCCGAUAAAAAAGCCAUCAAGUGUUCGGUAACCUCUGUUAACAAUCUGUGAAAAGUGCGACCAAAGUUGACGAUGGAUCAAAACGUAACAAGUCGGUUUAGUGAUUUGGAAAAUUUCUACACCUUUCUAAUUGACGACUUGGCCGAUAAGAGGACAGACAAUCUUCCGUUUCUGCAUAGUCCCAUGUGGCCUGUUUCGAUACUUCUCCUGUAUUUCGGAGCCGUGUACAUAUGGGUGCCAAAUUAUAUGAAAAAUCACAAACCCUUCGAACUGAGAAACUUUAUGAUCGGUUACAACCUUUUUCAAGUGGUGGCAUGCUAUCUGCUUAUUCGACAUUUCUUCAAACACGGUUGGACAUUCGACUACUUGUAUUCAUGCAAGCUGCCGGAUUACUCGAAUGACUCGAAAUCAAUCGGUUUCAUGUAUGGGUCAUAUUUUAAUUAUGUGAUUAAGACAAUCGAACUGAUCGAAACGGUACUGUUCGCGCUGAGAAAGAAGCAAAGUCAAAUAAGCUUUCUGCACGUGUACCACCAUGCUUGCACAUUCUGCAUCGCUUGGAUCUUCGCGAAAUACGUCGGGGGAAGUAUGCUGACAUACACUAUCAUCGUCAAUUCGACAGUGCAUAUGUUCAUGUAUUCCUACUACUUGAUUGCGAUUUUUUCCAAACAAUUGCCUUUCAAGUUGAGUGGCGUGAAGAAAUUCAUCACGGUGUUUCAAAUCGUUCAACUAAUCAGCAUCUUGGCCAAUGUUGGGUUCGCUAUGCGCCGUAGCUGUCCAAUGCCACCUACACUGAUUUUCAUCUACCUGCCGUAUAUGUUGAUAUUGUUGUCGAUGUUUUUCAGCUUUUACGUCAGGACGUACAAAAUGAACAAUAACGCGCUGGGAAAGGUUGUAGGAAUUAGCAGUAAUGAAAUAGAAAUACGAAAAAAGCAAUAAUCAAAA